UUCCUGGUGAUGACACACCCAUGAUAGUGGGCCCCUAAUAAUCCGGUAAAAAGGCUCUCUACACUGAUAGAGUAGACAGAUGAGGAGGCGCCAACGAAUUUGGAUCCAAUUCCAUUUAUCAUCUCAUCCUCAUAUCUCCUAAUCUCCGCUAAUAUUCCAAGGCCACCAAAUCUUUAUCUUCUUCUCCACUUCUCCUUUUCUUUUUCCACUUAGGUGAAAUUUUCAGAAGCUUCGAUUUGGUCGAUCAAGGAUUUUAAUCGGUACAAUAGUCAUGGAUCGGAUUACUAAGGCCGCACGUCUCAUGAUAGUAUCUGAUCUUGAUCAUACGAUGGUUGAUCAUCAUGAUCCCGAGAACAUGUCUUUACUUAGGUUUAAUGCCCUUUGGGAAUCGAAUUAUCGUCAUGACUCUCUGCUGGUUUUUUCCACUGGGAGGUCACCUACACUCUACAAACAGCUGAGGAAAGAGAAACCCAUGCUAACUCCCGAUAUAACUAUUAUGUCAGUGGGAACCGAGAUAACAUAUGGCAGCUCGAUGCUGCCUGAUGAUGGCUGGGUUAAAAUUCUGAAUCAGAAAUGGGAUAGGAACAUAGUCAUUGAAGAAACCAGCAAGUUUCCUGAUCUCACUCUUCAGGCAGAAACAGAGCAGCGACCACACAAGGUUAGCUUUUACGUUGAUAAGACUAAGGCCCAAGUAGUGAUGAAGGAACUUUCUAGCCGUUUGGAAAAGCGAGGGUUGGAUGUUAAACUAAUUUAUAGUGGGGGAAUGGAUUUGGAUGUAUUACCACAAGGUGCUGGCAAAGGACAGGCCCUCUCAUAUUUACUAAAUAAGUUGAAGACUGAGGGAACACUACCUGUUAAUACUCUUGCUUGCGGUGAUUCUGGAAAUGACGCUGAACUCUUCAGCAUUCCAGAUGUGUAUGGAGUCAUGGUCAGCAAUGCCCAAGAAGAAUUGUUGCAAUGGCAUGCUGAAAAUGCAAAAGGUAAUCCUAAUAUAAUCCAUGCAAAAGAAAGGUGUGCAGCUGGAAUCAUAGAAGCCAUUGGACAUUUUAAUCUUGGUUCAAACACUUCUCCAAGAGAUGUUGCUGAUUUUGUGGAAUGUAAGCUAGACCGUGUCAAUCCAGGUUAUGAAGUAGUGAAAUUUUACUUGUUCUAUGAGCGAUGGAGGCGAGGGGAGGCUGCCAACUGCGAGACUUAUAUAGCAAGUCUGAAAGCUUCUUGUGAUCCCACUGCUACUUUUGUCUUUCCAACCGGUGUUGAGAAAACUCUUCAUGAAUGCAUAUACGCAAUGAAAGGGUGCUAUGGAGACCAAAGGGGUAAACAGUUCCGAGUCUGGGUGGAUCGUGUAUUGUCCACACCAAUUGGCUUGAACACAUGGCUAGUGAAGUUCGAUAAGUGGGAGUUAUCUGGUGAUGAGCGAUGUUGUUGUGUGACCACUGCUAAAAUAAAUGCGAAGGGAUCCGGUGGUGCUUCAGACGGGUACACUUGGGUGAGUGUGCAGCAGAAGUGGUUAGAAGGAUAUGAAAAGAAGGAUACAUCAAUUUGGCUUUUCUAAGUGUACAGCAUCUGUGUCAAAAAUUUGCAUUAUCCUUUGGAUUUCAAA